AUGGACGGCGCCGCCGACCAGCGCGACGUCGACAUGGGCGCGCGCGAUGUAGAGACUGCGCUGGAGGCGCCGAGCCCUGCGCCAGUCGAGGCAAUGCGGCCACCGGUGGGUGCCAUUGCGGCGCCCGACGACGUCGACACCAUGGGCGACGGCGAGAGCGAUGCGCCGGGGCCGAGCGACAUGGGUGACGUCUACUUUCUGAUUGCAAAUUUUCUGCGCCAAGCGACGCCAUGCUCGCGGACGGCGGCGAUGCUUGAAGAGGAGCUGCACAGCUUGGGCCUGCUCGACGCAGCGGUCGACUGGCAAGGACGCGAGCGGCCAGCAACGUACACGGAUGUGCAUCUGCGCCACCGCCAGCUUCCGCCCACGCACCUCGUCCAGCUGCUCCGUGACGGCGCGCGCAAGAACGAGACGACGCUCUUGAAGCCGCGGCCACCCACGCCAUCGACGCCCGAUGGUCGCCGGUCGACGAUCCAGGAGCUGAUCCAGCUCUGGCUGCAGAUGCGCGGCAGCGAGCGCAAGAUUCUGCGCGUCGAGCGCCUCCUCGAGAAGUUUGCGACCACCGGCACGGACAUUGCAGAGGAGCAGCGCGGCGCCAAGCAGCUGCGUUUCCUCCAGCGGCAGCUUGUGCAGGACAAGCGCAAGGUCGACGAGCUUCUGAGCCGUGUGCGCGACUGGGGCAUGGCCGUGACCAAACCCUUUGUGGGUACGAACCACGCGCGGGCCCUUCUCCAGCGCGAGCGCUGCGGGCGGCCCGUGCCUUUCGGCCAUUUCGCCGCCGCCAACGCCUGCCGGGAGCCGGUCCCGAUCUUCGCCUACACGCGGUACCGCAUCCUCAAGACGCUCAGCGGCCAUUUGCAAAUCUCCGUGUACUGCGUCACAUUUGACAAGUCGGGCCGGUUCAUCAUCACCGGCUCGGACGACCGGCUCGUCAAGAUUUGGUCGGCCCGCACCGGCGACCUCUUGUAUACUCUGCACGGUCACGUGGGCAACAUCACCGACAUGGACAUCAACGACGACGGCAGUCUCCUCGUCACGUCCUCGGACGACAAGACGGUCCGCGUCUGGGAAAUCGCAACCGGUUUUGCGAUCGCCGUCUUGGUCGGGCACACGAGUGUUGUCAACACGGUUCGAUUCCACCCGCACCUCAACGUGGUCGUUUCGGCCUCCGACGACGGCCAUUGCCUCCUCUUCCGCCUCCCGCGCAUCACGCCCGGCCCGCGCCGCGAGACCAAGACCGAGACAGUCCAGCGACUCUUUCAGCAGCACGCAUACUGCCUCAACAUCAAGCCGUUCCUUGUGCUGGGCCAUGUACCGUCGGCGAAUGGCACGCGCGUCACGCGGUCGUGCAAGGUACUCUGCCUCGAUGUGAGUCCGUGCGGCACCAAAAUUGCGACCGGGAGUCAAGACGGCGUCGGGCGGCUCUGGCACGUCGGCCCCCACGUCCUCUCGUCGACGGCCACGACGUCGGCGUCGACGCAAGACCAAAUCGACGCGGUCGUCGCGUCGAUUCCCGACGUCCACCAUGAGCCGUCGCCCGAGGUUGCGGCCGUCGGGUUUGUGCCACCGCCGACGUCGACGGCACCGAUGGCACCGAUCGCGCCGACGGAACCGGUCGCCAACCCGCACUUUGCCGAGAGUACGGUCGUGACCGAGCCGUCGCUGGUGCUGACGGGCCAUACGUCGCCGAUCACAAAUGUGUUUUUCAGCAAGCACGGCGAGUCGGUGGCGACGCAGUCGAUCAAGGACGGCACGACGCGGCUCUGGCAACUCCCAACCGCGACUCGUCCGAAGCUCGGCAUCCACAUCUUGCCAUCGCCCGAGACUGUCGAGGGUGGGCGGCGCCAGGGCGCUUCGUGGUCGGCCGACAUGAUGAUGUGGACGACUCAAGGCGAGCGGCUCGUGACGCUCCACAGUCGCAAGGCCGACGCCGACGCGCUGCACAUCGAGCAAGCGAUCCGCAUCUGGGACCCAACGACGCUUGCGUUAAUGAUGACACUGCGGCAUCACGAGCGCGCGCACGUGAACGCCGUCUUUGCCAUGGAAGUCCACCCGCUGGACUGGCGCAUUCUUCUCACGGCCGGCUACGACGGACGCAUUUGUCUCUGGGACAUAUCGGCGGGCACCCUUCUGCGGCAGUACCAGAACGUAGACAGUGUCGGCGACCCGUGCCCGAUCCACGACGUGGCGUUCUCCCCGAGUGGCGACCUCUUUGCCGUCACGGACCGCGUCGGCCGGCUCUGUAUCUUUGGCACGGGCGCCGGCGACAGCUACAAGGCGAGUCCGCGCGACCAGUACUUCGCCAACGACUAUGCGCCGAUCGAGAUGGACGUGAAUCUCAACGUCCGCGACCGCGACACGCAUGUGCAGCCGCACCUCUUGCCGCGGUCGGCGCUCAUGGACAUGAGCCGGUCGAUUUACGCGCAGCAGCCGCUGCAUCUCCUGCUCGACGAGAUGCGCCUCGAGGACUAUGCGGCGAACCGGGCCGCGCGCGUCGCCCAGUACACGGAGCUCUAUCAAGCCAACUUGGAAGGCAUCGUGCGAAGCGACGAGAACGCGCAUGGCAACUACGAGCCGUUCCCCAACCUCAUCGAGACGGUCACCCCCAAGAGCGUCCGGAGCGUCCGAAGCGCCCUCGCGACCACGCAGUCGUACCGUGUGAAUGGCGCCCCGGUGCUCGCGUCCGAGGUGCGCGCACCUGUGGUGCGACGGGCGCCCCGCGACACGGACGACCGCGAUCGUUCGGUGCUCGAUGUUGUCUUGUCGUCCGACGAAGACCAUGACGAAGACUUUCAAGUCCCGGCGACAGCCAACGGUGACGACGGCGACGACGACGACGAUGACGACGACGACGACGAGGCCAUGGGUGAUCUUGUCGAUGAAGAGAGCGACGCGGGUAGUGGCAGCGACACGCCGCCCCGUAUCUACCGCACUGCCGAUGGCAGUCGCGCACUGCGCUCCCGUCAGCGACCGUCCGCUGACGACGACGAGCCCGCGCCCCGUCGUCGGCGUCUCCGGAAACGCAACCAACGACAGAUUCUGGACGGUCCGUCAAGCGGUGACGACGAGAACGACGAGGUCGAGCAACGUAUCACGGCGGUGUCGCCAGCCCGCGUGUCACCCGUCGACGACGAGCCAGAAGAGGACGAUACCCAAGGAGGCGCCGUGGAAGAGUCGACCAAGGUGCCUGGCAGCCAGCGGGACGUGUUUGACACGACCAAGACGUUUGCCGAGAUGCUGGCGGCCAAGCGGCGCGUCGACCUUGGUGCCCAGAUCCUCUGCGGCUUUUGCGGCCGCGGCGACGUCGCCGGCAUGACGCUACCAGGCGAGACCCUCGGCGUGCACCCGCUCGUCAACGGCAGCCAGCGCGUGUUUGUGCACGACCCGUGCGCGAUCACAUCACCGCAGUCGUUCUAUGACGACGGCCAUUGGUACAACAUUGCGAAGGAGCUUCGCCGCGGGCGGCUGCUCAAGUGCAACCUCUGCGGCCAGAAGGGCGCGACGCUCGGCUGCAACUAUGACGCGUGCAUUGUCACGAUGCACUUUCACUGCGCGCUCGCGACCGGGUGGAAGGACGAAGAUACGUACUACUGCGGCGACCACUCGCACAUGUACGUCCCAUCACCCACAAUCCGCAACGACCCGCUGCGGGCCAUGAAGGCGCAGCUGCUCACGAGCCAAGUCGCGUUCGAAGAGGGCUACAUCAAGCGCAUUGGCUUGAGCUACGAUCGGCUCUACUGCCAGCAGAUUCUGCCGCAGCCGCAGUCGUAUGUGCCUCAAGUCGGCGACGUUGUCGUCUACUGCCCCCAAGGGCACGAGUUUUACCUGCGCUUCCAUCCGUCCAAGACGCAGCCCGCGUACAUGACGUUUCCGCGCAAGUUUGCCGCCGUCCAGUGCCAGAUCGUGCACAUCGCCUACACGUUUCCGUUGGUCGAGACGUACAAGCCCCACCAGCGUGUGCUCAUGCAGCUCCACCUCGAGGUCGUCGGGCUCCCAGCCCUCUACUUUGAAGACGACCAAGAUGAGAGCGACCCGUGCCGACGCGCGUUCAACGCGUUUGUGCCUGUCAACGACCAGUUUGAGCCCGACGACGCACCGUCACGAGUGCGCCGGCGGUUCCGCGUGCACAUGCAACCGAGCGACUGCCCCGACUUUGUCGUACUGUACGCCAAGUACGCGCUCGGGUUUGGCGCGCCGUGGACCGUCCAGGACACGGUGCAGACGGUCCUACCCUCGACCGACGACCACGGCAUUCAGAUCGACUCGGUGCUCAACACGGGCACCGUCCUCGCCAACGACCGCGUCGAGUCCGACGUCGACUCGCCGUGGGAGUGUCUCACGGUGCUCUUUGACGACGGCGACACGGUCCGUGUGAGUCCGUGGGAGCUCGAGCCGGCGAGUGCCGAGGCGCGGCUGGCGCAGCUCGCGCUUGCGCCGCCGCUGCCGACGAUCGACGGCGAGCGGCGCGCGGGUCUGUUGCGGGCGUUGGCGUCGAUCAUGCAGCUCUCGGUCGCCCUGGAUUUCGUGCCGCCGGUGCCCGAGUCGACGCCCGACUACUACGUCACGGUGGCAAACCCGAUGGACCUCUCGCUCAUCCGGAGCCGCGUCGAGCACGGCUACUACCGGCAAGUGGACGCGCUCUUGGCGGACGUGCAUUUGAUUUUGGACAAUUGCGAAAAGUACAACGUCGAAACGAGCCCGAUCGCGCAGAACGCGCGGUCGCUUGUCGCAGCGAUCGUGUCCAUUCUGCAGCCGCUAUUCCCACUGCAAGUCGCGACGUGGCAAGCGGCCCACGCCGUGAGCCAGGUUGAGCCCGAGAGGACGCUCGAGACCAAGCGCCCGCCCAAGCGCUCCAACAGCGUCGACGGUGCAAGUCCAAACCCGAAGCGGCGCUGCACGGACGACGCCGUGGUCGUGCAAAAGCUGCGACUCUCGGUAGCCCAGCGCCAGCAGUGGCUCCAGCGGCUCGCCAAAGGUUCGUUGGCGUCGCACCUCGCCGUGCUCCACCGUGCGAUCCAGGCCGAAGACGCGGCCAACAUCUUUGCGUCGCCCGUCACCGACGACAUUGCGCCGGGGUACUCGGCCAUCAUUCCACACCCGAUGGACUUUGGCACGAUGCAAGCCAAGCUGACGCUGUAUGGGUCGUUUGCCGCCUACUAUGAGGACUUCACGCUUGUGUGUGCGAACGCGACCGUGUACAACGAAGCAGGCUCGUACGUGCACAGCGAAGCGGUGCGCAUGAAGGGGGCGUUGAGCCGCGUCGUCGGCACGAUCCUCAAGGGCAAAGCCAAGGCGGCUGGAUCGGUCGACGUCACCGUGUUCGGCGCUCGAUCGCACAAUCCAGGCUUCCCACAGAUGGACCCACCGUCGUGUACCAACAACGCGUGA